GCCAACCGAAAAAAAACUCGGGGGGGGAGUCGUGGGGGGGGUCCUGAAAACAUCUUAUAAACCGGAUUGCACUGAGAGGAGGAAAAAAAAAAGCAAAAAAGAUACAAAAUAUACAAGCAAAAGGCAACAAUUCCCCGGUCUGCAGCAGUCGCCCACCCUCCCUUUCCUUCUCUCCUGCUGGCCAUCUGCCUUGGGUUCUCCUUUGUGUCUGAUCUCUUACUACUGAGCCGAGCGCAGGCGGAGGGUGCACCACACACAGGGACUAUGCCCAGCUCGCUUUUUGCAGACAUGGAGAGGAACGGGAGCGGCGGCGGCGGCGGUGGUGGUGGUGGUGGCGGGGGAGAGACCCUGGAUGACCAAAGAGCCCUUCAGAUCGCCCUGGAUCAGCUCUCCCUGCUGGGGCUGGACAACGACGAGACGGGCUCCAUUUACGACAACGAGCCUCGGAAAAAGAGCGUGAACAUGACUGAAUGCGUGCCGGUGCCCAGCUCGGAACAUGUCGCUGAGAUAGUGGGGAGACAAGGUUGUAAAAUCAAAGCUCUGCGGGCAAAGACCAACACCUACAUCAAGACCCCGGUUCGCGGGGAGGAGCCGCUCUUUGUUGUGACGGGCAGAAAGGAAGAUGUGGCCAUGGCCCGCAGGGAGAUCAUCUCUGCGGCCGAGCACUUCUCCAUGAUCCGAGCCUCGCGGAACAAGAACACAGCCCUGAACGGCACCGUUCCCGGCCCCCCGAACCUGCCCGGCCAAACCACCAUCCAGGUGCGGGUGCCUUAUCGCGUGGUGGGCUUGGUCGUGGGGCCCAAGGGGGCCACCAUCAAGCGCAUCCAGCAGCAGACGCACACGUACAUCGUGACCCCGAGCCGGGACAAGGAGCCGGUCUUUGAGGUGACGGGCAUGCCGGAGAACGUGGACCGGGCCCGGGAGGAGAUCGAGGCACACAUCGCCAUGCGCACCGGCGGCAUCAUCGAGCUGACGGACGAGAACGACUUUCACGCCAACGGCACGGACGUGGGCUUCGAGCUGAACGGCACGGGCAGCCUCUGGAGCAAGCCCACGCCGCCCAGCAUCACUCCCACCCCGGGCCGCAAGCCCUUCUGCAACUACCGCAACGACAGCUCCAGCUCGCUGGGCAGCGCCUCCACCGACUCCUACUUCGGGGGCGGCACCGGGGGGGGCGGCAGCGCCCGCCUGGCCGACUACAGCCCCCCGAGCCCGGCGCUGAGCUUCUCGCACAACGGCAACAACAACAACAACAGCGCCAACGGCUACGUGUACGGCGGGGGCGGCGGCGACGUCCUCUCCUCCCCGGACUGCUGCUCCGAGCUGCCCUUCGACUCGCCGCCCGGCUUCGACCUGGCGCCCGCCCCGCCGCCCGGGGGGUACUCCUCCUCCUCCUCGCUGCCCGGCAGCAUCUCGGCCGCCUCGGGCUCGCCCACCGACUCGAGCAGCUCGGACGGGCACCGCAAGAGCUCGCGGGAGUGCAUGGUGUGCCUGGAGAGCGAGGUGAUGGCCGCGCUGGUGCCCUGCGGCCACAACCUCUUCUGCAUGGAGUGCGCCAACCGCAUCUGCGAGAAGACGGAGCCGCAGUGCCCCGUGUGCCACAGCGCCGUCACCCAGGCCAUCCGCAUCUUCUCCUGAGCGCCGCGGGGCCGGGGCUGCGCCCGCC